UCGGUGGUGUUUUGAAUGUAACUGACGUGCGUGUCGCGUCGCGGAAUCACAAAGUUCGUAAAUGUGAGCGUCUCCCUGUCUUUGUUUGAGUUGGCUGGUUGAUCAGAGAGCGAUGGCCGGUCCAGAGCUCCUGCUGGACUCCAGCAUUCGGAUGUGGGUGGUCCUGCCCAUCGUCUUCAUCACCUUCUUCGUCGGGAUCAUUCGUCAUUACGUCACCCAACUGCUCCACAACGACAAAAAGGUCGACCUGGAGCAGGUGUCUGACAGCCAGGUGCUCCUGCGCAGCCGCAUCCUCAGAGAGAAUGGAAAGUACAUUCCUCGACAGUCUUUCGCGAUGAGGAAACAUUACUUCAACAACGCAGAGACCGGUUUCUUCAAGAAGGUCAAGAGGAAGGUCGUCCCCAAGAACCCCAUGACAGACAGCAGCAUGCUGACAGACAUGAUGAAGGGAAACUUGACCAACGUCCUGCCCAUGAUUGUGAUCGGUGGAUGGAUCAACUGGGCUUUCUCUGGAUUCGUCAUAACCAAAGUGCCGUUUCCUCUGACUCUGCGGUUCAAGCCCAUGUUACAGCGAGGCAUCGACCUGCUGUCCCUGGACGCCUCCUGGGUGAGCUCGGCCUCCUGGUACUUCCUGAACGUGUUUGGGCUGAGGAGCAUGUACAGCCUCAUCCUGGGACAGGACAACGCUGCCGACCAGUCGCGGGUCAUGCAGGACCAGAUGACGGGCGCUGCCAUGGCGAUGCCCCCCGACCCCAACAAGGCCUUUAAGAGUGAGUGGGAGGCGCUGGAGAUCGUGGAACACAAGUGGGCGUUGGAGAACGUGGAGGACGAGCUGAUGUCCAGAGAUCUGAACUUUGGGAACUUCUUCAGUCAGGACAUCAAGUCCACCACGUUUUAGAGCGACGAGGACCUGCGAGCUCCGAAACGUCUCUGACAG